UACCAAAAAUGAGGUCACUGGCUACACCCCAUACGAACUAAUGUUUGGACGUUGGUCUCGUCUCCCCAUUGACCUCGCUUUUAAUCUUCCUGUACGUGAGAAAGAACAACAGACACAUUCACAGUAUGUACAAGACUUAAAAGCUAGGUUGAAAGAAAGUUAUCUGCUUUCUUCAAAGAAUGCUGCAAAGAACGCUGAGAGGAACAAGACUCGAUUUGACCAACGUAUUAUACCGUCCAAGCUGGAAGUUGGGAGCAGAGUUUUGGUACGGAACAUGAGGCUGAGGGGUAAACAUAAACUUGCUGACAAAUGGGAACCAGAUGUCUUUGUAGUGCUGAAAUGUGCCAAAGAUCUCCCCGUCUACACUGUAAAACCAGAAUGCAAAGACGGCCCAAUUCGCACAUUGCACAGAGAUCUCCUUCUUCCGUGUGGGUUUCUUCCUGCAACAGAGUCAGGAACAUCAGAUGAGACUAUUCCAAUCACACCCUCUUUAACUCGUCAACAGACCAAGACACAACAGGAAUCUCCUGAGUACUUUGUUGAAGAGAAUGUAUUUGAACCGACCUUUGUCCAUCUUGUCCCGCUCCCAAUGGAGUUUAGAGUGGAGAAGUCUCUCAAUCCCCUACAGUCUAUUCCCAGUGGUGAGGAGGAAAGACUUCCUCCAACAUUUACACCUGAAAUGGAAUCAGCUGGAGAAGCUCUGUCAGGAUCCCAGAGGGAAGAACCAUUGGAGUUUGACGCUGAUGAGACAUCAGGGGAAGAUUUGCUUGAAAUCUUACCCGAACCCAUUCUUGAAACCGUGUCUACAGACUUGUCCGAUCCUGGAGUCUCUGACAACUUAGCGGCCGAGCCUAGUCCUGUGACAUUACCAACUCUUAAUUGCUCAGAUUCGGUUAUUGACCCCCCUCUGAGGCGGUCAACGCGUCACAGAUCACCACCUAGGCGACUUCAGUAUGCCCACUUAGGCAAUCCAUUGAUAUCAGUU